AUGCAAAAACAGUCCAUUCGGACAGACUGCAUCCGGUUGCCUCCUAAACCGUUGGUGGCUCUAUUCGUGUCUAGUCACGUUCGGACGGCGUUGAAUGCUUGUGGGUGUGUUGGCCUCGUCCAAAGCCUGACACGACCAGAGUCCAACAAGCCGUGGCUUCUGAAGAGGGCCCUUAUGGCUAAUCCCGAGGUUUUCCCAUUCGGCCUCACUGUUAAAGCUUCCAGACCAGAACAGACACGCACUCACGCAAUAGCGGACAAGCAUACACGUAUCACGACAAGACGAUUGGCCGACCUGGUCACGACAUGUGAUUGUAGUGGGACCGAGAUUGCCUGCUUGUCUCGGUCUCACAGACUCAUUUUUCUUAAUCUUCUCCCUGCUUCCUCCGUCAACUUUUCCAGUCCUUUGCCUACUCUGCUUCUCCGCCUCUUCAUUCUUGCCCAGUCCUUAAAUUGCGAUGGUCAGACUGCUCCGACAACCUCUUGUCCAGAGUUUGAAAACGGCUUACGAUCGUAA